CGCGGCGCUGUGGUGCGGGGCGGCGGGCGGCGCGGGCCGGCGGCGGGCGGCCAGCCUGGGCGAGAUGCUGCGCGAGGUGGAGGCGCUCAUGGAGGACACGCAGCACAAGCUGCGCAACGCGGUGCAGGAGAUGGAAGCUGAAGAGGAAGGGGCAAAAAAGCUGUCCGAAGUAAAGUUUGAAAACUUACCUCCCACCUACCAUAAUGAGUCCGACACAGAAACCAAAAUUGGCAAUAAGACUGUUCAGACUCACCAAGAAAUUGAUAAGGUUACAGAUAACAAAACUGGAUCAACAGUUUAUUCUGAGGUUGUUAUUACAUCUAUAAGAGAUGGAGAAAACAAAAGAAAUCAUGAGUGUAUCAUUGAUGAAGACUGUGACACAGGGAAAUACUGCCAGUUCUCCAGCCUGGAGUACAAGUGUGAGCCCUGUAAAACCCAGCACACACACUGCGCACGGGACGUCGAGUGCUGCAGCGACCAGCUCUGCGUGUGGGGCGAGUGCAAGCAAGCGGCUUCCAGGGGCGAGAACGGCACCAUCUGUGAGAACCAGCAGGACUGCAAACCUGGAACGUGCUGUGCUUUCCAGAAAGAACUACUGUUUCCUGUGUGCACCCCAUUACCUGAGCAAGGUGAACCCUGCCACGAUCCUUCCAACAGACUUCUCAACCUCAUCACCUGGGAGCUGGAACCUGACGGAGUCCUUGAGCGAUGCCCGUGCGCAAGUGGCUUGAUCUGCCAGCCGCAGAGCCAGAGCACUGUGUCUGUGUGCGAACUAUCCACUGGAGAAACCAGAAGCAAUGAAAAAGACGACCCCUUAAUCAUGGCUGAGAUGCCCUUUCCUGGUGUGAUACCCAGAGAGCUGCUCUCUGAUUACGAAGAAAGCAGCAUCAUUCAGGAAGUGCGCAAAGAAUUAGAAAGUCUUGAGGACCAAAUAGGUUUGCAAGAGCCUGACUCUGCUCAUGAGCUGUUUUUAGGAGAUGAAAUUUGAAGUCCCAACACCAGUUUAGUUAUUCACUUAUUUCUAUGAUUUUUGUCUCUAGUGUCUUGCUUAUAUAAACCCUAAGCGCAUACUGCUGGAUAGAAGUGCAAUAAAAAAGGUUUUUGGUGAGCACCCUUUCCUGGGCACCAACGCUGCAUGUUCAACUACAGCUGAUUUCAUUCUGUCAACCCUUGGAUCAAUCAUCUGCUUAAAAGACAAGUAAGAAAUCCCAGCAUUUCCUUUGGAUUGGUAUGUCCCCUUUUCACAUUAGAACUAAACCUGCCAGUGCUUGUACUCAUUAAAAGUAUUAACUUAUUAGCAAUC